AUGCCUUCAAUCAACACGUUCAUCACCGCCCUCGUGGCUGGUCUUGCCAUUGGGGUCCAAGCUGGUCCUUGCAGGCCUCAUGCUCCUUCAAGCUCUGUACUCCAGCCUCAAGUCACUAGUACCCGGCAAGUUGAGUCUGCUGCCGGGACUUCUGCUGCAUACACUGAUGCUGUGAGCAUCUCCGAGUCUGGGGCUUCUCUUUCUACCGCUGUGCAAGUCACUAGCUCUACUGAGACCGAGUCCAAGCCUUCCACUACUGAUGAGAACGAGACUACUACAGCUGCUUAUCCUGCUUCCGAGUCUACCUCUAUCACUUCUGGUUCUCUCACUACCGAGUCCAAGCCCGAGUCUACUUCUGUCAUUUCGUCUCUUGCUACCGACUCUACCACUGAACCAACUUCUUCAUCUGAUGAGAUCGUCUCUUCUGCUCUUCCUACGACAACCGAGUCUAGUGCUGCACCCUACACCACCUCAAAGGCCGAGGCCGUCCCUUCAACUACAUCAGAGGCUGAAGUCAUUCCUUCAACUACCUCUUCAGAGCCAAAGACUACUCUCGACACUAGCACCAUCGCACCAACAACAACUUCCGCCUAUCCUACCACUACAACCUCCCAGGCUUCCACCACAUCUGCAGCCGCUUCUUCCGAAUGUCCGCCCCUGUCUGAGCUCAGCUGUGGCCUGGCUGGUUUGUACACCAACAGCGAUAGCCAUCUCAUCCAGGUCCUUUACGACACCGACCUCGACGGAUGCUGGGAGGUGUGCACUAAGAACGACAAGUGCAAGUCCAUUGGUAUCACUACCGCCGAUCAGUGUGAGAUCUACGACACUGCUGUCGCUGGAAUGGGGUUCAGCGCUCAGGCAGGCUGGUAUUUCUCCGUCUAUGAUGCUUGCUGCCAUCAGGCAACUGCAGAGUAG